AUGGAUAAACCAGCUGGAUUAAUUUCCUCAUUGGUGGUUUGCACUCUGCUACUGCAAGGGCUAGUCGAAAGUGCGCCAUCAUCUGACGCUCAUCUCUUUCCACCUCCUCCAAUUGCAUAUGUUGCUCAAGGAGGCACUGUGACAUUAAAAUGCUCCGCAACCGGCUCCCCGACCCCUACGAUUAGAUGGAAGAAAGGAUCAGAAUGGCUGACUCCCGAAGACAAUACAGUGUCAAAGCAUGAUCUGACACUAACAAACGUUACAGAAGAAGGUAAAUACACAUGUGUCUUUAAAACGGGAGAGCUUGUUUCUUCAGUGACGACCGCUGUUAAAAUCAGACCAUUACCACGCACACCGCACAGCGUCCAUGUGUCAGACGUCACGGACACCAGCGCUCAGCUGGAAUGGUCGUAUUCCUACAUCCCAGGGACAGACGAUCCAACUCAUUACCACUUGCGUUUGAAACCUAAGCAACAAAACAUUGAACCUCAGGAUAUAACAACAGGGACGAGAACAAGUUUCGAACUGACAAACUUGACUCCGGCAACCGAAUAUCAAGUUCAAGUCAUCGCAGCUGGUACUGUCGGGAAAGGACCCGCUACAGAACCAAUUUUCUUUACUACCAAAUUUUAA